CCUCGACUUCAUCCAUCCUCUCCCACCACACCACGCAACUCCCACGCUUCACCCGAACUCCCUGUCCCGUUGCAGGGCACAAACAACACCCAGAAAGAAUGGCCUCGACAACCACCCCCGAAACCUCCUACAUCGACUACAAAACCUUCACCGCCCCAGACUUCUCCCCCACCGCCUACGCCAACACCCUCCUCCACCAAACCAACAACCCCACCGACACCCCGCUCGACCUCACCACCCCGCUCUCGCGCGCCCUCUUCGACGUCCAAGAAAUCGACACCCACCUCGACACCCUCACCACCACCCGCGCCCUGCCCAUCCUCGAGCACACGCAGCGCCGCAGCGAGGCGGCGAGUCGCGUGCUCGCCGGCGUGGAAGAGCAGGUCGCAGGGUUGAACGAGAGUUAUGCGCGCCUGCAGAGGGAGGUGGGGGAGCGGUAUGAGGCUGCGGAGCGGGUGGCGAUGUCUGCGGAGAGGAUGUUGGAGGCGUUGAGGUUGGGGCGGAGUGUGGCGCGGGUGGUGCAGUUGGGUCGCCAGCUGGAUUCGCAGAUGGAGGAGGUGGGGAGGGAUACGGGGAGUGCGAGUGGAGGGAAGGCAUUGAAGUACCGGCUUCUGCUACCUGCCGCUCAUACGCUGCUUUCGCUCAGGAGGCUGCUCGCUGCUACGGGGAAGGGGGAGGAGGGGGAGGGCUUGGGCAGGGUGCUGGUGGUGAAUGCCGUUCGGCAGGACGUCGUGACGCCGAAUGAGAGGGCGCUGCUGCAGCGAGCACAGCAGGCCGUGCGGGAGUUUAGUCUCAGCAGCCUGCCUCAGACCAGCACUCCACCAACCUCCCAAACCUUCGCCCAAACAGAAGAAACGAAGCAACGCACCACCUGCGCCCUGCAAGUCCUCUACCUCCUCUCGCCCACCAAACCAACCACUACCCCCGAAACCCACGACCCCACCCUCCUCAUCGCCGCCCUACAAGCCUACCUCCAAACAGCCCUCACAGCCUCGCUCGCCUCCCUCUCCCGCGCCCUCGCCACGCUCCCAACGCUAGAACGCACGCUCCUCGAAGUCUCCGCCCGCUGCCAGAAUAUAGUCGCCCUGGAAGCGCUGCUGGAGACCAUCAAAGCGCCCGCCCAUCCUAACCUGCCUCCUCCCGCAUCCUCCACCACAGGGGCAGACAACAAUGCGCAAAACAACAACUUCCUCAUCCCCCUCCUCCGCCACCUCGACACCUCCUCUCUCCCCUCUUACUUCUGGCGCUCCAUGGCGUCGCAGCUCUCCGCGCGCGUCCAGGACAUCCUCAACCGCGGGGGCGUGAGUGCACGCACGCUCCGCACGAACAAGGAGCGUGUGCGAGACGGGAUCCGCGAGUGUGUGGAUCGUGGGUCGCGGAUGCCUGCUGCUGCUGCUGCUGGUGGUGAGAGGAGGAAUUGGGAGCGCGAGGCGGCGGUGAUGGUCGGGAGUGUGGUUGGGGUUUUGGGGCGGUGAAUGUGCGUACUCUGCAUUAUCUAUAUCCACCUAUCUCCCAAGAAGCACGAAAUCAAUGCCAUGGGGGUAUAUCCUCUCUCUUCUCCAUGAAACGCCAGGACCACAGCCAAACUCCACCCACCCUCUUCAUAAAACAAGCCACCGCUCCCCAAUCGCCUUCGCAGCCUGCUCAUUCCCGGCCUCCACGAAAAUCCGCUGCAGCGCAAAAGCAGCCUCAGCAGCGAAAUCCUCGCACUCCGCCCCCUCCCCAGGCAGCAGCCCCAACUCCUCUUCCCCCC